ACAACAGAAAGCUGUUUAUUAAAGAGGAGAAGAAGAGGGGGAAAAAAGGGGCCGCAACCAUAGAAGAAGACGUCUCUUCACUGAAGCUAAUAUUUUCUGCUACCGUGUUGUGGAGGCACUGACCACGGUGACUAAACAGAAUGGAAGAUACUGUUUUAAAGGGAAGUUGUACAGAUCCGUCAAGUACACGUCUUCCCUUAUCUGCACUGCGCCUCAUAGUUCCACCACUCCGGCUGGUGUCAGCAGCCAUCUGGCAGACUGUCCAGCAGAAAACUGUGGCAGAUUAUGGGAUACUCGAGGAGUUUGUGUCCAUGGUUACAGAUGUUAUUCCAGAGCUACUCACCAGCCGCCAGAGGACCCAACUCAUCCUGGGCCUCAGAGCGAGGCUGAUCCUGAAGUUAUGUCAGUUCGAAGAUUCUGCUCACCUUGAGAUCGUUCAGCCUCAUCUUGACAGGAUACAUGCAGGACUGAAGGCAUGGCUAAUGGAGGCUGGUGGUACAGAUACAGAACUUCGGCACUCCAGCUUUGUGGAUCUUGUUAAGAACUUACUGGAAAAUCCCGAUGAGAAGGAACACUUUUUUGAGAAAGAUUUCCCAGAAGAGUUUGGUCCCACGUAUGAUGAAGCACUUCAAAACCUAAUGUGGCUGUUUUUGUCCAGACUUGAGAAGUUUCUUCCUCUUCCAACUUUACAACAGGUUGCAUCCAUGUUGGGCGAGGAACCCACUGUUCUGGAGGCUUGUAUGCAGUCUGUGUCUCAGUUUGAGAAUAUAAAAACAAUGCUGCAGUAUCAAAAAGACCUCGGCCAGCUGGACCACAGUGAUAGUUUCUUCGAUGGAGCCUGCAUCAUUUCAGCUCUCAAACUUCCCCUCGUAGAAAGUACCAAGACACAAGCACAACUCUUGGAUGAUACGCUGUCAUGUGAGUCAAACUGGACACAGAUAAAACCUGACUUAACCAAGGAGCACCAGACAAGUGAGACGAAGACUGAUGAGACUCAGCAGACACCACGGAAGAACGGAAGUCCGUUACCAUUUGAAGAAACUGCGGACCUUCUUGAAACUGAAGUGGUGGAAGUGCCUUACAUUCUGAAGGACUGCAGUGUUCAACUGCAGAGAUCAGACAGGCUAGUGUCUUUGCAUUCUCGGCCCGUGAGAUCAAACCGAGGCCAGAGAAUGAAAAGGAUUCUGCUGGAGGAGAAAAGGGGACUUGAAGAUGCCCUCCCCGGCUACACAUCUCCUCCCAGGAAAACUAAACCAUCAAGGAAGGGUCAUCCGGCAGCCUCAGACUAUAAGGAGCCAAACAGCUCCGUCAUAGACGACUCAUACAUGGCUCCGAUCGGUGUGUGCAGUGACAACGACUCCUGGUCUUACUACUCAGAUGAGGACCCUUCCCAUGUGACGUCUAGUAGUUGUCCCAGUUUGGCUGAUUCAUGGUCAAACUACUCGGAUGAUGCGUCUUUCCCUGAAAAUGAUUCAUUUUCUAGUUACUCAGGUGAGGAGCCUUCCUCUGUGGGUUCUAAAAAAGCAUUGGCUGCCAACAAAAAGGAAGGCAUCUCCAGCAUCAAAGCCGCGACCCAGAAAAAGAUUCGUGACAUCCAGUGCUUUAUAUGCAAGGAGCAGUUGAGCACGAGCCUUACCGCUCACAUGAAAACCCAUUUCCCCACCAAUGUUUACGCCUGCCCUCAAUGCGGCAGCAGAUUUAAACAAAUAUCAUAUCUUAAGCACCACUUGAAAAGGAUCUGCUAUGAGUACAGCCAGCAGCAUGUAGAUCCGGAGAAGCCGGACGAGGCCAGUGAUCUUUACAAGUGUGGCAUAUGCCAAGAGGCGUUCAAGUACAAAGUUUCGCUGCAAAAGCACACACUGACACACAACAAACUCUACUGCAACGUGUGCAGGAAGGUGUUGCGAGACGCUGCAACCUUGGCGAGGCACAACGUCUCACACACCCCUUUCCAGUGCAACCGAUGCGAGGAGUCCUUCACUGUUUUUAGGCCCCUGCUCAGGCACUGUGAAAAUGUCCACAAAAUCGUCAGACCUUUUAAAUGCAACCAUUGCCCGAAAACGUUUCCAAGGCUGCGCUUCCUGAUCAUGCACGAAUGGCAACAUACGGGCAACCUGCCGUUCCAGUGCGCCCUGUGCAGCUUGAGAUUCCGUUCUGACAUGGAUCUCGUCUACCACCAGAGAGUCCACACCAGAGAGAAACCCUUUCUGUGUGCGGAGUGCGGCAAGCCAUUCUCCCAGAAGUCCAACCUGUUGCGGCACCUGAAUCUCAUCCACGGCGAGUCUCGGAAUGAGAAGAUGCACUCUUGCUCUCAGUGUGAGAAAUCCUUUAAAGAGAAAGGAGCCCUGAAAAAGCACCAGAGGAGCAAACACUUGAAUGAAGUGUUCCGUAAUCCGUGCCCAUACUGUGGGAAGAUGAUCUCGGCAUCAACGAUGGCAAGACAUAAAUUAAUCCACACGGGAGAAAGACCUCUCAAAUGCACUGUGCCUGAAUGCGACAAAUACUUCAGGUCAACUUCUGAAGUGAAGAGGCAUGUCCUUGUACGCCACUCCACAGAGAGGCCGUAUAAAUGUGAGGUCUGUGGAAAGGGCUUUGUAAAAAUGUGUUAUCUCAACACUCAUGCUAAAAUACAUUCAGGAGAGAAGCCAUUUGUUUGUCAUAUCUGCGGCAAGGCUUUCCCAAAGAUUUUUAGCAUGCUAAGGCACAAAAAGCUUCUACACACAGUUAUUACUCAAUAAUCCUGGCUUGUUAGGAAUGUUCAAUUAAAGACAGAAUUCACUUUUCAUCCUGUGCAAGCUUUGAGGCAGGUUCGCUGUAAUCUGUUAAAACCUUGAAAACAGCCUUGAAACAGUAUCAGGCUCAUGGAGUUUCAAAAUUGAUGCAGCAGUACCAAUAUCUUAUUUUUUUUUUGUUGUUGUUCUUUCUUUGUUUUUGUUAUUCCAUGCUUUUGUCUCCUAUGUUGGAACCUACAUUACUUGGGUGGAACUUGGGUGUUGACUCUCCUGAUGGUUGGGAUUACGAUGAAGGUUUUAAUUGAGAAACUUCAAUUUUGCCACACACAAACAGUUAGCAUAUACGGCAAGCUCAGUUCUCUGCGACUCCUUACUCUUUAAAGUACACGUUCAAAAGCUACAUGAAACCUUCAGUGCCUCCAGCUGGAGUUGUGGGAAGUCUGAUAAAUCUAUCUCUGCUUGAGCCAAGUUAUUGCUGAAGACUACGGGUUUGAAAAUGAAAAAAUAAAAAGUAAAUAAAUAAAUAGGUGGUAUGAUAUUGCAAAGAUGUGGAAUUAUGAGAGCCCCUCAACCCUGUUUGAGACUAGAUUUGAAUCUAGGGUUAGGUAAAGAGGCCUUAACAUAAAAUUACAUUUUUUGGCGUUAUUUUCCCUAGUGUAGGAUAAAUAAAGGAUUGUCUUCUCUUGUUGUUUCAUUUUUUAAUUGAGUUUUAUUUCAUUUAUUUUCCUUAACUUGUCAUUCCUUCUAAAUCCCACUACCCACCACUAAAAUAAAUGCAUAAUAUGAAUAUUUUUGGAAAGCAGAAAAAUAAAAUGUGAUAUAACUGGAA